UGAGGCUCUGCGAAGUGGUUACUCCAAAGAACUGGACGCUGGAAAGGUCACCUGGCCGAGAGCCACUCAUCUGCUCAGCCCAGCCUGUAUCCUGGGAGGGCUCGUAGGGGCGUACCCAGCCUUGUCCUACCCUGAUUACCCAGGCUCCGACACACUUUCCCACCCCUUCCCCGCAAAGGAGGAGACACCCUGGCCCUGGGUCAAGCCUGUGGCAACGCAGCCAGCAGCGCUCUAAAUAUUAGCAGAGAGCCGCAGCACCGGAGCCUCGGAUCGCAAAGGGAAAGGAGCGCGCGUGUCCUCGUCCCUCCCUUGGCACUAGUGUGCGCUCGGCUGCUGCCUGGUGCACCUGCCGGUCCCCGGGGGGCGCUGCCUCAGCAACCACAGUCGCCGCCCAGACUGCGGAAGCCGCGUCCGGGGCAGCGCGGAGUUGGGGAGCAGAGAUGAGCCGCGACUCGGACCGCCAGGGCCCUGUGGACGGAGAUACUGAUCAACAAGAGAUGAUUCCAAGUAAGAAGAGUGCUGUUCUUGUGGAUGGGGUUGUGCUGAAUGGCCCUAUGACAGACGCGAAAGCAGGAGAAAAAUUUGUUGAAGAGGCCUGUAGGCUAAUAAUGGAAGAGGUGGUUUUGAAGGCUACAGAUGUCAAUGAGAAGGUGUGUGAAUGGAAGCCUCCUGAACAACUGAAACAGCUUCUUGAUUUGGAGAUGAGGGACUCGGGAGAGCCACCACACAGACUAUUGGAACUCUGCCGGGAUGUCAUACGCUAUAGCGUCAAAACUAGCCACCCAAGAUUUUUCAACCAGCUGUAUGCUGGACUUGAUUAUUCCUCCUUGGUGGCCCGAUUUAUGACAGAAGCAUUGAAUCCAAGUGUUUAUACGUAUGAGGUGUCCCCAGUGUUUCUCUUAGUGGAAGAAGCGGUUCUGAAGAAAAUGAUUGAAUUUAUUGGCUGGAAAGAAGGGGAUGGAAUAUUUAACCCAGGUGGUUCAGUGUCCAAUAUGUAUGCAAUGAAUUUAGCUAGAUACAAAUAUCGUCCUGAUAUUAAGGAGAAGGGGCUGUUUGGGUUGCCAAGAUUAAUCCUUUUCACAUCUGUGGAGUGUCAUUACUCGAUGAAGAAGGCAGCCUCUUUUCUUGGGAUUGGCUCCGAGAAUGUUUGCUUUGUGGAAACAGAUGGAAGAGGUAAAAUGAUACCUGAGGAACUGGAGAAGAAAGUCUGGCAAGCCAGAAAAGAGGGGGCAGCACCGUUUCUUGUCUGCGCCACUUCUGGUACGACUGUGUUGGGAGCUUUUGACCCUCUGGAUGAAAUAGCAGACAUCUGUGAGAGGCACAGCCUUUGGCUUCAUGUGGAUGCUUCUUGGGGUGGCUCAGCUUUGAUGUCGAGGAAGCACCGCAAGCUUCUGCAUGGCAUCCACAGGGCCGAUUCUGUGGCCUGGAACCCACACAAGAUGUUGAUGGCUGGGAUCCAGUGCUGUGCUCUCCUUGUGAAAGACAAUUCUGAUCUUCUUAAAAAGUGCUACUCUGCCAAGGCAUCUUACCUCUUCCAGCAGGAUAAAUUCUACGAUGUAAGCUAUGACACAGGAGACAAGUCUAUCCAAUGCAGCAGAAGACCAGAUGCAUUCAAGUUCUGGAUGACCUGGAAGGCCCUGGGUACAUUAGGCCUUGAAGAAAGAGUUAAUCGUGCUCUGGCUUUAUCUAGGUACCUAGUAGAUGAAAUCAAGAAGAGAGAAGGAUUCAAGUUACUGAUGGAACCUGAAUAUGCCAACAUUUGCUUUUGGUACAUUCCACCGAGCCUCAGAGAGAUGAAAGAAGGACCCGAGUUCUGGGCAAAACUUAAUUUGGUGGCCCCAGCCAUUAAAGAGAGGAUGAUGAAGAAGGGAAGCUUGAUGCUGGGCUACCAGCCGCACAGGGGAAAGGUCAACUUCUUCCGCCAGGUGGUGAUCAGCCCGCAAGUGAGCCGGGAGGACAUGGACUUCCUCCUGGAUGAGAUAGACUUAUUGGGUAGAGACAUGUAGCUGUGGCUUUGGUCCCCCAGAGGCAUAGAUCCUGUCCUGGGAGAGUUUAGAUCCAAAACAUCUUGGAGAUACAUAGUAGAUUGCAGCUCUUCUGAUGAGAAAUAGGAAUUUUACCAGUCCAGGCCCAGCAAAAGCAAACAGCUAAGCAAAGAAUAUUAAAGACUCUCUAGCUGCCUUGGCAUUACUGUUGCUAAAGGAACGUU